UCGGAACGGUACUUCAAUUACUUCAUCCGUAUUGUAUUAUUUUUUGUUAUGAUCGAAAGUACUAUUAAGAUAAAAGUAGUAUCAAUUAUGUGAAUAGCAGAUCGGAAAAUGGAUGAUAAUCGACAUACCAUACUGGGUAAUUCAACUAAAGAUGCAUUGAACAAACUUCGCGAUGACAUAUAUGGUGUAAUCCAGGAACAUAACAAAAAGAAUCCUACUGGGUACGGUAUAAUACGCGACAUAAUAUCUUUUUCUUCCGAGAAAGUUCUACUAUCAGGAGUUGCGUACACAAUCACAUUUAUUUACAUAAUAUGCUUGAUUUUGACUUACCUACUUGGUGUGUCAGUACAAGCGCAUGCAUAUCUGAUUUGGGAAGCAUUAUUUUUAUUUAUAAUACUUGUGGUAAAUUUCUUAGUAGCAUUCAAUGAAGAGUAUUUGUACAGGAACGAAAUACCUCAUAGAGUAAGGAAAGUUUUAGAUACACUAGAUGAAGCCAUUGAAAAAGCGAAAUGGAAACAAGACCACUAUCCACAUUUAUGUGCUCCGUUUUCUCCAUGUGUUAUUCUGCAAUGGACAUACAGAGAUGCUACAAUAGUGAAUCUUCCAUGGGCAUUACUAGUGGAAGGUGAUGUGAUAGUACUAAGGCCGGGUCAAGAAGUACCCGGGCACUGCAAAGGGCUUCAACCUGAAGAUCCUGAAUUAUUUUUUGGACAAACCUUUCAGCCCAGCUCUCAGCAUAAGGAAAGUUUCAGUGUUCCACGUAUACGAGUACCUCAUCAAAACAAAGCCUACAGAAUGUGUGAAACGCCAUACUUGAAGAAUUUGAAAUUGGCACUUAAGCAGGCUACUGCCAGACCUGUCACAGUUUUUGAGAAACAAAGGUAUUUGUGCACGGUGAAAAUAAUGGAGGGUAUUGUGUUGCCGCUGGUGAUAUCGGUGGUGGUGGUCGCCAGCUUCAUCCGGCACGUGUACCACCUGCCGGGCGUCACGCACUGGACCGAGAUAUACUUCCUGCAGACGAUCGCGGCGUCGCUGCCGCUGCUGCAGAUCGUCUUCCCCAUCGCUUGGGUCACGCUCAACUGCUGCGGCAUGGCUAGGUUCAAAUUAUUGUCAGAAACUCGCCAAAAAUACGUACGUCCCAAGUCGUGUUCGAUAUCAGAGGACGCAAGCGAUCCCCUCAUACAGGCUCUGAGCGAAUCUAGCCUUAAAGCGGAGACCAUAAAGUCCAUCGGGAAAAUAUUUUGUAACAUACUGAUCGGCAGGGAGGACAUGGUGACAAGGACAGCGAAUAUCGUUCACGUGCUUGGAUCGCUGUCUGCUCUAUGUUGUGUGGACAAAAAAGGAGUAUUGUCAUGGCCUAAUCCGACAGCAGAGAAAGUGUUCUUGCUGCGUAACUCUGACCCAACGUCGCAUAACUCUAGUAAAACCAGUUUAGUUGGCUCUAUGGGACAUCAAAGUAACAUGACAUUAGACCAGCAAGGAGAUGUUAAGAAUCCGGAACCGUCGACUAUAGCUGAGGUGCUGGACUUGACGCACGACCAGAACGCGCCGUUCAGCGUGGAGUUCGACGACCAGCGCUGGCGGCAGCACCUGUCGCUGCUGAAGCCGCUGGGGCUGGCGGCGCUGCUCAACACGUGCGCGCCCGCGCCGCGACACACCUACGCGCACUUCUGCGCGCACCUCACGUGCGAGGCGCAGCUCAGUGAACAUCUGGUUCCGGUGACGAACCGUCGGUGCCUGUGCGAGCUAGCAAAACAAAUCGGCUUUAAUGACUCGGUGGCCGCGUCUUAUACUAUACAAGACUGUCUGUCUAUAUUCAGGCAUUUGCAGGCGGACACGCUGCGGCGCGAGACGCGGUUCGUGCGGUCGCUGCAGCUGAGCACGCGCGUGAAGGUGCCGCUGCCGCACAUGCUGGCCGUGCUCGUCAAGGACCACGCCAGCCAGCUGCAGAUGCUCACGCAGGGCACGGCAGACAUAGUGCUGGACUCAUGCGUGGACUACUGGAAUGGGCGCGACCUGACUCCCAUAUCUCCAUCGGAUCGGAAAAAGAUCAUCGAUUUUUAUCAGAGAAACUCGCUCACUGCCUAUUGUACUGCAUUUGCCUAUAAGCCGGUGACGCGCGGCGUGGCGCCGGCGCUGGCGCGCGCCUACCUGGAGCUGCCGGCCGACAGCCGCGCGCUGUACGCGCCGCACGAGCAGCACUGGGCCGACGCGCCCGCGCUGCACUUCCACUCCACCGAUUCGUUAUUGUUUAACGAAGUGACCGAUGACGAUGUAAAAGAUGCCGAUGGGUAUUUUGACUUGCAGUGCAAUCAGGUGUUCAUAGGCAUGGUGACGAUGCAAUACCAAGCGCAGAGUGACAUGGUGGAACUGAUAGAAAGGUUGGAGCGCGCGUGCAUCCGCUUCGUGCACUUCAGCAAGGAGAACGAACUGCGCUCGCGCGUCUUCAGCGAGAAGAUGGGCCUCGAGUCCGGCUGGAACUGCCACAUAUCGCUCAUGAGCGAUGAAAACGUCAGUAAGAGCGCGUCGCCGCUGUCGUCACAGACGCUGGCGCCGGGCAGGGAGGCCGCCAAGCUCGCUAGGGCGUACCAAACCUAUGACGUGCCCGCACUCGGCUUGUGCUAUAGUAACAACAUAGCGUCGUCUAAAGCAUUGUCGAUGUCGGCGCCGGGCGCGAUCAACCUGGAACACACGACGGUCAAAUUCGACAGCGAAAUAAAGAAGGCGCGCCAUUCUAUCACCACAGGGUUGAAGCCACAGCGUGGCAGUAUAGCGACGAGCCAGCCGUCGGCGGACUCGCUGCUGGCGGGCGAGGCGGACGAGGCGGAGGAAUGCGGCGAGGCGGCGGGCGCGGAGUCGCCGGCCGACGCGUGCCGCUCGCUGUCCUGCCUCACCGACUCCACCGACCACUCCGCGCCGCUCAACUUCGACAUGAGCAACAGGGCGAAGCUCCCGCGCGGCAUCGAGAACAUCCGGCCGCACAUCGAGCAGGUGGACAACGUGCCGCUGCUGGUGUCGCUGUUCACCGACUGCACCGCGCGCUCCGUGCAGCUCAUGACACAGAUCAUGCAGGAUUAUGGGGAGGUGGUUUGUGUCAUGGGCUCUGCUGCCAACUGUCUCAACAUGGAGAUAUUCAUGCAGGCUGAUGCGAGCAUCGCAGUGGAGCCGUUGUAUCCAGUCUUGUGUCAAAAGAUGCCUCCAUAUCAACUGCCCGACUCGUGCAUAGGACCUAUAGACUUGGCGAGGGCUCUUAACUCUGUACCUUGCUCGCUGUCGUUGCAAAACAAAUGGCAAAACCAACCUUUCACUAACUACAAUAAAAGUCAGAGAAUGUCGCGCGACGCGGACGUGUCUCUGUUCACGUUGAUAACGAUGUCGCGCCACUACAUGAUGUGUUUGUGGAACAGCACGCAGUUCUGGAUAUGCAGCAUGUGUUAUAUAGCGUUGUUACAGGCGGGGUCGCUGUGCGCGCUGCUGCCGCUGGCGCUGGGCGUGGGCGGCGCGCUGUGGGGCGCGGCGCUGUGCGUGCCGCUGCUCGGCGCCGCGCUCGCCUUCGCGCCGCUCGACCCCGCCGUCAUGACGCGCGCCGCCACGCGACCCAUCACCACCAUCGACUUCAACAUGGCAAUAUUUGUAUUCUGGUGCUACGCGUGCAAGUUCUUACCGUCAGUGAUAGCGAUACUUUGUCUAUACGGGUUUACAUUGCGGAGUUUCUGCGAACAAAUCGCCGCCGCGACAAACGCAACUGACUGUUGGAUAGUGUACCCGGUGAACGUGGGCAACUUCUCGCCGAGCCACGACCUCACCACCAAGAGCUGGCACGGCUGGGGAGACGACUUCUACGACGGACUGUACUUAGCGCAAAACAUUACGCUCGCACUAAUGACAUUGCAUUUAAUUGUGAUCUCAUUGUCAUUCGUACACCGACAUUCUUCCAUAUGGCAGAGGAAAUUUUGGACAAACAGGGUGUGGUCAUGGACUGUGAUCAUUUUGUUGUUACUCCAAACCAUAUUCAGUGUGGUGAUGCUGAGCAGUUCGUACGGCUACUGCGACAAGUGGGCGCUGUGCUCGCUGCAGUACCGCGUGCCGUGGCAGCUCGCCAGCACGUACCUCGCCUCGCUGCUCAUCGUGUUCGCGCUCAACGAGUUCAUCAAAUGGCAGGAGAUUAAAGCGGACAUCCGCAACCAGCGCCGCGCCCGAUUAGACUUCGGUACAAAACUGGGAAUGAAUUCACCGUUUUAACCAAACGGAAAAAUCUAGUCAAUUACUCUUUAGUAUAUUUUGUUAAUUAAUGAACAAACGGUAUCCUAAUGAAGCCAAUACGAUGUAUUUUUAAGAGAAAAUGACUAUGUACUUAGCACGUACGUAUUUUGUACUUAUUUUAUUUAUUUAUAUUAAUGACACUCUGUUUUGGUGAUUUUAAAAUAAAAGAAUAAAUGAAA